CAAUCUUUUCCCACGUCCCCCACCCCAGUUUUCUCCUCCAUUUCUCCCUCCUCCCCUGGCCGCAUCUCCAGGGAAAGGAAGCGAGGCUCAGGGAGGGAGCGUGGCACGAGCGCGCCCACCCCUGAAAAAUGGCGGCCUCCCUCUGGCUCCCUUCUCCUCCUCUUCACAGCGCCGUCUUCCUCUCGACCAACCACUCCCCCUCCCCCUCUCCUCCUUUGGCGCCUGCGUCGACUCUGCUGCAGAGGAAGCACGCGCCGGCCAGAGCCAGAGGCAAUCUUGCCUGCAGCUCAUCCGGCAGCUCCUCGUCCUCUGCUUCCUCUGUUGUGACCAAAGAUCAAGAGGGAGCAGCAGCAGCAGCAGCAGCAGAGGCGACGGCCCCUGCCCCUGCUCCGGCGGCUGUCAGAUACGACUACAAGGAUGACCCCAACUUCAGGGGGUGCAAAGGGUGCGGUCGUGAGGAAACAGAGAGGGGCUGCAACGGCGAAGGGCGGAUCAUGGGCGGCAUAGCCGCCGUCCCCUUGUUUGGGUGGUGGCCGAUCAAGGCCUACCGGCCGUGCCCCGGCUUCGUCGCCUCCGGUGGCCGGUACCGGCGCUACGGCCAGAGCAUGGACGACGUCAUAGCCGGCAAGGGACGGAAAGUCGCCUCCGACAAGAAGAAAAGUGACAAAUGAUCCACCUCAAGGAACUGCAGUGCACUUGGCCAUGUUGUGUAAUAGCUCAAGGAACUGCAGUGCAGCUGGCCAUCUUGUGUAGCUCAAGAGCUUAUCUCAUCUCAUCUCACUUGGCCAUGUGCUGGAGAAGGACGUCCAAACCUCUUUGAUUUUGUUUCAGUCUUGACGUUGUCUAGCUAGGUCAGAUUAUUCGAGCAGCGUUGCCUGCUGAAUCAAUUCCAAUAUUGAAGUUUUGUACGUAGCUCCGCAUCGACGGCAAAUGUACUCCACUCUUCUACCUGGUGCUAAUGUUUACAUCUUGCUUGCCAAAUCUAAUAGCGGCAAAACAGUUCCAGGAAA